UGGCCCUUAACAAACAAAAUGGGGGUUAAAGUCUAUUCAAUACGACUUACCGUUUGGUUUCGAACACCUUAAACGACUGAAGCAUGUACUCGCAAUCGUCCCUUCCACUCGCCCAUGGCGGCGUGGCCUCGUCGUCCUCCUUCUCCUUCUCGUCGGAGCCAGAGCCAGGAGGUGUAGAAGAAGCUCUGCUCCAACUGGUUCAGGACCACCACCAAACCUCCCUCAGACUCCGCGAAGUCACUGAGAAGGCGAAGAAGGACGCGAUUAAGAAGGCGGCGCGCGCGGCGGAGCUGAUGGUGGACGCAGUGAACGGCGGCGUUCAAGAGUCGUUUGUGAACGAGAAGCGAAUUGAGUAUGAAAUUAGGGCUUUGACCGCCACCAUCACUCGCUUCACCAAACAGACCGAUCAAUGGCUCUCUGUCACUCAUUCUAUGAACUCCGCCAUUAAGGAAUUUGGAGAUUUUGAGAACUGGAUGAAGAUCAUGGAGUUUGAUUGUAAGAGUAUCACUGCAGCUAUUCACAACAUUCACCAAGCAUGAUCAAGCAGCAAGGUGUUUGUCUUUACCAAUUUCCAUUGCUGCAACUUGGUUAUGGUCGUGGAGAGAACUGUCAUAUUUUUUUUGGGGCAGAUUGUGUGCUGGAGGAACGACUUUGGGUUCUGCAUUUAUCUUACUUCCCCCAAAACAGACACCAAAGUCUUUGUAAGCAGCUGUGUUUUGUUAAUGUAAGAACA